AUGUCCCGCCUCCAGUCCUUCCCUCGAUCCAUGCACCCCCUCGUCCUCAUCCUCGACAACGUCCGGAGCGCCUACAACGUGGGCUCGCUAUUCCGCACGGCCGAGACUGCCUUACUUCAAGAGUUGAUCACUUGCGGGUUCACCCCCCACCCACCCCACGAGAAGCUGAAGAAGACAGCCUGCCGGUCUUUGGAAAACGUCCCUUCGCGCCAUUUUUCCACCACCUUGGACGCGGUCAGGACAAUGAAGGAGGAAGGUUUCGUCGUCUUUGCCAUGGAAACAACGAGCCGGUCCCAGUGCUACACCCAUGUUGCCUUCCCGGAGAAAGCAGCCUUGGUUCUAGGCAAUGAGGUAAUAGGGGUAGACACAGCUGUCCUCGAGGAGUGUGACGGAGGGAUCAUAGAAAUUCCCACAUUUGGACAAAAAAAUAGUCUGAACGUGGCGAGUGCCGCGCCGGUAGUGGUCUUUGAAGUGUUGCGCCAAUGGGGGACAUUUGACAAGGCAGAAGGCAAAGUCGACAAAACAUAA